CGGCAAAGUGCAAACGCUCAGAUUGCGCAGCCGAACAGGUUGCGCGCGCACGCGGGGGCCCCCCUCGUACAGUGGAAAGGAUGCGAGGAGUCAGUGGGGGAGCGGCUCCGUCGUCUGAGCGGAUGUGGCGGUCCCACAUGUCUGGACUCUCCGUUUACAUUAUUCAUACGGUGGGAGGGAGUGACUUGUUGGCCUUUUGCGCCGCCGUAUAAAACGAGGAGUCGGCGUCAACGCAACUACAGAUGGAGAAGGGCCGCCGCCUGGCAGCGUCACCGAGAGCCGACCCCGACCCCGACCGCGUCCACUCGUGACCAUCGCCAUCGGCACACCAUGCCCGCGCUCCGCGUGCUCUGUCUGGCGGCCGCGCUGGCCGCGCUCGCGCGAAGCGGCAUCGCCGCCGUGGGGCCGCUGGUCCGCUGCGAGCCGUGCGACGCCGCGGCGCUGCUGCAGUGCAAGCCCCUGCCCGAUGACUGCGCCGAGCGCCUGCGGGAGCCCGGCUGCGGCUGCUGCGUGAUGUGCGCCCUGGGCCGAGGGCGCGCGUGCGGAGUGUACACGGCGCGCUGCGGCUCGGGUUUGACUUGCCAGCAACGGCCGGGCGAGAGCCGACCCCUGCAAGCUCUCUUGGAGGGACGGGGAGUGUGCGCGAGCGCCGGCGCGCCGAACCCAAAACUCGGCGCCAUCCCGGUCCCGGCGCAAAAACAAGACCGCGGGCGAAACGGGGUGGAGGAAGGCCCCGCCAACAAGACGGCGGCAAUGAGCGCGUUGCCGCCAUUGUCGACCGUCAAAGGCGGUCAGAGCGGAGGCGUGAUGGACACCAGGCCUCCGUUACACAACGAGCUGAUAAGGAAAGAUCAGAACAGGAAGACUCACAGCUACAAGGUGGCGUCGGUGUCGGAGGGAGCCAACGCCGACAUGCAGAACUUCUCCAUGGAGAACAAAAGGGAGUCUGAGUAUGGCCCGUGUCGUCGGGAGAUGGAAAGCAUCCUAAAUAGUCUGAAAAUCAGCAACGUGCUCAACCCGAGAGGCUUCCGCAUACCCAACUGUGACAGACGAGGCUUCUAUAAGAAAAGACAGUGCCGUCCAUCCAAAGGCAGAAGGCGGGGCUACUGCUGGUGCGUGGACAAGUACGGACAGUCCCUGCCCGGCUACGACGGCGGAGACGAGAAACAGUGUCACAACCGCGAGAGCCAAUGAGGGCCACAAGCUGGAAGGCAGGAAAGCCAAAGAAGGGAAGAGGUGGGGGGAGGGGGGGGGUGCAGCGACCGGCGGAGACGCCCCCGUCCAUCGCAAAUGCCUGUUCGGCGCUACGGGUUCCUCUCGGUUGUUCUCGAGAAAAAUGAUCAAGCUUAAAAAACUAAACAAAACAAAGAAAAUAGCAAGAAA